AUGGAAAACCAUGCCGGCAAGACACAUUAUGCUGUUUUGGUGGGAAUCAACGCUUAUGAAGAAAACCCUCUCAAGUAUUGCGUGCCGGAUGUUCACCGCAUCAAAGAAUACCUCGAAGCGGGGCUCAGCCGCGUCGACAUCAGGAUAUUCACUGCACCUGAGGCUGCCUCUCAUCAAACCCAAAAUUCGACGCCUCGACCAACAUACCAAAGAGUCGUGGCGGCUCUGGAGGAUGUGACCCGGCACGCGAACCCCGGAAGCUUCGUCUACCUCCACUUCUCCGGGCACGGGGUUCGAAUGGCCACUGAAGAAACCUUCUUAGAUAGGCCGGCUGGGGAUUUGGCGCUGCAACUACUGGAGGAUGACAACAGUGACAAGUCGAUAUACCUACGGGGCUCAACACUCGCGGUCAUCUUGGAAGCCAUGCUGAACAAGGGACUCGUUGUGACUAUGGUACUGGAUUGCUGCUUUUCCGCCGCGGUAUAUCGUCAUCCAGAUCCUAGUGUACGUUCUCUCCCGUACGACGCUGAAAUCGACCUCAACUCCCCCCGUAGCGCCACAAAGCCCGUUGCCGAGUUCCAAGACUACCUAACCGCCUCUGUUUUGGGAAGCCGCGACGUCUCCUUGAAGCCAAACUGGCGUAUCAAAACAGACGGAUAUGCGAUCAUCGCCGCGUGUGGACCUCAUGAACUGGCGAAAGAGUUCAUCUCAGAUGAUGGUCAGGGUCAUGGGGCACUGUCUUACUUUCUUCUCCGUGCGCUCGACGAAUGUGGAGGCCCGGCCCGCCAACACAAAUACAUCUAUGACAACCUGCGGGCCCGGUUUAGGCAGUCCUGGCCAUACCAGAACCCUGUCUUCUAUGGAAACAAGAACCAAGGUUUCUUCGGUCACCCUGGAUUGGACGACGUGACUGGGACCACUUUUCCCUUGUUGCAGAAACUGGACGGCAGCUGGGAAAUCCUGGCGGGCCAGGCCCACGGCAUUCUUGUGGGUGAUCAAUUUCUCGUCGAGGUCUCAAACUCGGCCUUGCCCGACGACAACAGAUCAGAAGCGACAUCGUCACUCACGGUCAGUGUGCUUCACACGACUGCUUUUACGUCGACGCUGCAGGCUGUGGACAUCUCCCGUUCUACGAAUGACCGAAUCCACGGAGCAGCAAAGGCCUUGACCCUGCUCGCCCUUCAGAAAUACACGAUUAGGUUGCUAGAUGGCCUGCCUCAGCGAGAUCAAUGGCCGGCUGCCCUGCAACGAAGAUCACUUGCCCUGAGCCUUGCAAGCGACGACGACGAGGAGGAGGAGGAGAAAAUAUCCUCUCAACUCGGAGCGCCUCACAAUGACCGGCCUCGAUUUUAUUUUCAAAUUGCCCUCACCAGCGACGGGGAGUACGAAAUUUGGGACCAAGGUAGUCAGAGAGUCCCCAACCUCCCCAUUAUGACCCAAGACGGAACAGACGUCGACGAGGUUUGUGACUUUGUUGAGCACCUGGCCAAGUUUGAGCUAGUUAGAGAUUUGGUCAACAUCGCACCGACCGACGCUUUCUUGCAGUCUUUCGUCGCCGAAAUGACAGACUAUUGGGGUAAUGUCUACCUGCCUGGGUUUACGAUAAAAGUGGAACACGACAGAGAUAUGGAGCGCGUUCUGGAACUGAUAGUCCAAAACAAAUGUGACGAGGACCUAUACGUCUAUGUUUAUAAUUUGGGUCCUCAGUGGCAGGUGGAAAACAUUCUCCGCGGAAGCUACGAAGUCAUCCCGCCAAGGCAGACUGCCCAGGGAUUCACUGGGGUAUUCAGGAAGAAGUUGAAGGCGUUGGUUCCACCCGGACUCUCGGCCGGUGGUCAGGUGGAAUCCAACGACAUUCGACUCGUUGGAAUUGCCAAAAAUCAGCACUGCAGUCAAGAGAAAGGACGGGAGCGAGACCAAACGAAACAGCAGGUGGCGUUCGUCAGGGGAUUGGGCGGCAUUGAAUUUCCCGAUUCUCACUCAUCUAAGUUCUAA